AUGAGUCGAUUGCGAAUUGGAAGAGAUAGUCGCCGUUACUGUUCUCGAUUGGGGCUAGCUGGGCCUGGGCCUGGGCCUGGGCGGCCCGAUCAAGGGAUCUUUGGACUGCGUUGGCUAGACGUUGAGUGGGGGAGAGGGAAGGGUCGUAGAGAGGGGAUAAAACGGAGUCCCUGUGAAUUAGAGUCACCAGUACUCAUGCUCACGCUCAUGAAGAGGAGGGAGAACAUCAAAGAUACUAUUAUGAGAUUAGUAAUCCCUAACCCGUCUAGUUCAACUGAGGGAGGAAUAUGUAAACAGCAUGGGUCUCAUCCUAGGAUGCAACCUUCGAGCACUACUCAUUUGAUACUCUCUAAAGCAGUUAAAGACAGGUACCCCACUGAACUUAUCAACAACAAGGAAUUGGAAGUUUCUAAAUCCAGGACCUCCCCACAUCAGUUCAACAUUAGCAAAGGAGAUAUUCUAAUGACACCACAGCCUCUUACCAGAACAUGGAAAAGGGUAGGGACUAAAGAGGGCAGACUUCAGAGACAAAAUGAUGGCAUU